GUACAGGAAACAUGGCGGCGCCCUGUGCGACUGCACUGAGGGGUGUGUUGUCGCGAACAGCCACUUCAAGCCUCUUGCAGAGGGUGGUCCAGUUGUCGAGAUGCCCACGCAGUACCAUGUGCCCACAGCGCCGCCAUUUCUUCUGGAAAACACGGACAAGUUCACAUAGUGUGGUCAGGCCUGCCGACGUGCGACCACAUUACCCUGUACCCGAGCACAUACAGAGGCCAGACUACGUUUUCUCCAGUUCUGUACCUGAGUGGCCUGAUUAUAUUGAGAUUAAAGAUGAAGAGCAGAUUGAUGGGUUAAGAAGGGCAUGCCAGCUCGCCCGACACGUUCUCCUGUUAGCCGGAAGCAGUCUCAAGGUUGGUAUAACAACAGAUGAAAUAGACUUUAUUGUGCACCAGGAGACGAUAAGACACGAUGCCUACCCCUCUCCACUGCACUACGGUGGAUUCCCCAAAUCUGUGUGUACGUCCGUGAAUAAUGUGAUCUGUCACGGCAUCCCAGACAGUCGACCACUUCAAGAUGGAGAUAUCAUUAAUAUAGACGUUACUGUUUACCUGGAUGGUUACCAUGGUGAUACGUCCGAAACGUUUUUGAUUGGUUCAGUAGACGAGCGAGGCAGGAAGUUGGUGGAUGCAGCUAGGCAGUGCAGAGAUGAAGCUAUCGCUGCAUGUGGACCAGGGCAGUCGCUGUCCGUCAUCGGCAACACCAUCAGUGAAAUUGCCCACUCAACUGGUUUCUGUGUGUGUCCAUACUUCAUUGGCCAUGGCAUUGGAACCUAUUUUCAUGGGCAUCCUGAGAUUUGGCAUCAUGCCAAUGAUAAUGAGAUGCAGAUGGAGGAAGGCAUGAGCUUUACAAUAGAACCUAUUUUAAUGGAAGGAACCUCAGAAUUUCGGAUCCUCAGGGACAAGUGGACAGCCGUCUCAGUGGAUGAUAAAAGAUCGGCCCAGUUUGAGCACACAGUUGUCAUCACCUCUGAUGGUGUGGAGAUCCUGACCAAACUGGCAGAUGAGGACUGAUUGCGGUCAGGAAGUGUGUGUGUGUCUGAAAGUGUGCAAACGUAGUGUGUGAGAGAAUAAUGUUAUGAGAAUAAAAACAUUUUGUAAUGUUUUACCAA